AUGGCCCAAGUCCAACGGGACCACCGAGCGGCCACUGAGGAAUGGGCCAAGGUCGUCGGCCGCAAGGCCAAAAAGGCCGAAGUGGUGAAGAGGAAGGAGGGGGUUACGGCCCCCCCUCAAACCACGGCAAAGAAACCGCCAACGAAGAAGAUGGCGGCCGGGACGACCAAUCCACCAGCCGCGAGGAGGGAGGGGUCAUCGGGGGAGAAGGGAGCCAGGAAUGUGGCGAAAAAGCCCCGCCUGGCCCGCCCUCCCAAGACGUCUGCGGUCACCCUGACGGUCGCGUCGGGAUCAAAGACCUCCUGCAGCGAGGCCAUGCUUCGCGCCAGGCAGGAGGUCGACCUCGCGGAGAUCGGGAUCACCGAUCUCCGACCUAGGCGCGCGGCCACGGGUGGCCUCGUCUUGGAGAUCGCCGGGACAGAGAGGGCGGCCAAGGCGGCGGCCCUGGCUAGCCGCCUCCAAGCCGUGUUCAGCGGUGUGGAGGGGGUUAAGGUGGCGUGUCCCGUCAAGAUGGGGGAGGUCCGCAUCUGCGGGCUUGACGACUCCGUCACCCGCGAUGAGGUGGCGGCCGCGGUAGCAACCGCCGGCGGUUGCGCCGCCGCAGAAGUGAGGUUAGGGGAGAUCCGCACCCCGCCCCGCGGUUUGGGGAGGGUGUGGCCCCAAGCUGCGGUGCGCGGUGAGGAGGGUGCCCCUGGAGUUAGCGCCAGGGGUGGCUGA